AUGACAUCAAACAAACAACAAGUUGUGGGAUGGAUAGGACUCGGAAGUAUGGGUCUUGCUAUGGCUCGAAAUGUCCAAGGCUUUCUCCAAAACGAAGGAAAAACACCAUUGAGAUUUUGGAACCGUACAGCGUCUCGUGGAGCACCACUUGAAUCCCUUGGCGGUAUUGGAUGCGAGUCUAUUGCUCAGCUUGUAGGCGAGUGUGACUUGUUCUUCAUUUCUACAAGUGAUGAUGCUGCAUUGAAUGCAAUCAUUGACCAAAUCUUGGCUGUCAAUGAUAUCAAUGGCAAGGUAAUUGUCGAUACUACCACCGUGUAUUCAAAUACGACCAAAGAGAUAGAUGAGAAAUUGAAAGCACGCGGUGCAAGCUACAUUGCUGCACCGGUAUUUGGAGCUACGCCAGCUGCAGAGAGUGGUACGCUCUUGAUAGCGAUGGGUGGCGCACCUGCAGCGAUUGAUGUGGCUCUACCUUUGGUCAAAGGAGUGCUUGCUCGAGAGGUGAUGAUUGUUCCAGCGCCCGAGAAAGCCAGUCUUCUCAAGACCCUGGGCAAUUUCAUCGUUGCGGGAACAAUGGAAAUCAUUGGCGAAGCUCAGGUAUUAGCUGAGAAAAGCGACCUCGGUACAGGAACGCUUGAAAAGUUGCUUGAGCUGAAUUUCGGGAGUCUGAUGCACUCCACCUCUACUCGCAUGACACAGGGUGUCUAUCUACCAGCUCAGGGCGAAUCUCCUUGGUCCAGCUUGAACCUUGGCAUCAAAGAUGUUCAACAUGGCAUCACUGCCGCCGAAGAUGCCGGGAUGAGAUUGAAAGUUGCCGAGGUUGCCGUGGAAAAUAUGUUGCGAGCGAAGGGCUUUUCAGAUGCGCAUGGGAGCCGACCUUUGGAUUCAUCAUCUGGAUACGGCAUCAUAAGACAAGACGCAGGUCUUGACUUUGAGAAUGCUUUUGUCAAGGAACGGGACUCCCCCAAAGAAGAAAAGCUCUAA